GAAGGCCGGAUGAUGUGAGCAUGCACACUGUGUCGAUGAGACGGUAAUACCUGCCAGGCAGAGAGUCAAAGCCACGCUCUGUGAUAACCUCGGCCUACUCUGUGAUGCGACGGCCACAACUCGGGACCCGACAGACAACACGUAUGUACGGUAGUCAUUGGUUGCUCAUGCUGCUCGGUGCUCGGCCAACCCUAUCGUCGCUCUGCAUCCCUUCGUUAUGGAUGGUGCCGGUGUCCCAAAAUGAGUUCCAGUUGAGAAUGUGCCCAGGAGUGGGUCCAUCUGUCAAUGUGAAAACCAAGCCGCCGGGACCUGAAUUCUCUUUUCGGAACAGCCGACCAUGGACGCAAUGUCGCCCGUGCGGUGGACAGAAAUUUUUUCGCAGCAGAUCAGCGCGAUUAAUGAAGGAGACCGCCGGCCGGCCGGGACGGGGAACAGGCGGGAAAAACAGCCCGAGUCGUAAAUCACAAACUCAUCCUAGACUGCCUGCUUGGGGACCACGGAAGGAACCUCCAUGCCUGGAAGGAAAGGAGGGAUCCAAACACCAGGCACCACUCACAAAACACGUGGAGGGCAGGCAGCCCCCAAAACCCUCCAAAAUGGAAGCAGCUGCAGGGCACGCUCGAUAAAAACGGAAAGCAUCACCAACGCCCAGGCUGAGAUUGGACACACACGAGCCGCAGUCCUCCCAAUCGGUCAGAUCGUUGGGGACUGGUAACCCUAAAAAGAAAACUAAAAAAAAUUAUCAAAUUAAAAAAGCACCGAAAACACAAAGUCGUCAUCGCCCACCAAGCCACGCACGCCACUUCGGUCUCCAGCGCAAACUUAUUGUAGGACUAAAGCAAUGAAAGCACC